UAUGGCGCCUCCGCUUCCGGAUUUCGGACUAUGGCGACCCAGGAAGCCACUCCAGACAGCCAGUCAGAGGAGAGCAGUGCUUUGGACUUGCCAUCAGUUGAUGACAUAAGAGAUUAUGUGCUGCAGAGACCCCACCAGGAGGCCGACAGCGAGGCGUUUAAUUCUGUGGAAACCCUUUCUCUUCCUUCCUCUUCCGAUGUGGAUUCAGACACCAGUCACCUAAAUAGUGAACAAAAUGAUUCCUGGACCUCUGAGAACUUCUGGCUUGACCCUGGUGUGAAGGGCCAGACGGAGACCAAGGCGGAGGAUGAUGGGCUUCGGAAAUCCCUGGAUAGAUUCUAUGAAAUGUUUGGCCAUCCCCAGCCAGCCGCUAGAAAUCCACUCUCCGCAUCCGUCUGCCAGUGCCUAUCUCAGAAAAUCAACGAACUGAAGGGCCAGGAGAACCAAAAGUACGCCCUUCGCAGUUUUCAGAUGGCCCAGGUCAUCUUCAACCGGGACGGCUGCUCCGUCUUACGGAGGCAUUCCAAGGACACCCACUUCUACCCACGGGGAGAAGGAGGUGUGUCUCUGGAUGAUGAAAAGCCUACCCCGGGACUUUCAAAAGACAUCAUUCGUUUCCUCUUGCAGCAGAAGGUGAUGAAAGAUCUCUAAGUAGCUCCCGGUGGUAAAAACAGGCAGUGUGGAGGAUGGCCCUGUGGCUGUCAGGGCCCCACCCACAUCCCCUCGGGCCUCUCUGGCCAGCCCUGUGGGUGCAGCCCCCUGUGAGCUGAUACCGGAGCCAGGUCAGCCCACAUGGAGAGCCAGCAGUGUUUGUGGGCCUGAGAGCCCCUGUGUCCACACUACCUCCCACCCCACCCCACCCUACCACUCCCUUUGACUUAAGGCCAGCGACUGACUGGUUGGGAAAUCCAAAAGCACAGCUUCCUUGUCCCGAGGAAGGAAGGACAUGUUCUGAGGCAUAAUUUACUCUCCAGGACUCCCCUCUGGAUCAGGCCAAGACUGGGCCUUCCCACGAAAUCACACCUUGCUCAGCUUCUUCCGUCUCCCUGUCCUCCUUCUCCCGUUCACCUACUGGUGUCUCCUGGGAGCUUUUCCUUAAUAAAGCUCUUGUACCUGAAUCCUUGACUCAAAGUCUGCUUCUAGGAGAA